ACGUUGACUCUGUUUCCCUUUCCAGAGCUUCCUGGUUUUUCUUUCAGACUUCCAGCAUUUACUCUUUCUUGAUUUUUCAGGGUAACCUCACUGCUUGCCAUUCACUCAUUCACAGUAAGCAAGUCUUUAGGUCUGAAGAGCAAGAAUGCCCUCUUAAUAAAUGAAGUGGGGGUUGUCCCUUUAAGUCUGCAAGUCCAAAACAUGACCGAUUUGACCCUGGCUCCUCAUUGGUGGGAGCUGUGACGAACGUAGUUGCUGAGAGAUCCUUGGAGGAGGAAGUGAACAGUGAAGGUGCGAUUGGAUACAUUAGCCAUAGGAAAUACGGCCUCUGCUGAGUUACGCUGGCGCUCGGAUACAUUUUGGAAUCCCGAUACGCGAUCUUUCCCUCGGAUCAUACAUUUUGAAAGCGGAUUUACGGCUCCUUCCCCGGGACGCAGCGAUGCUUGGGAUGGAUACAAUGUGAAUGUCGUCCUAAUCUGCAAUUAAAGUGAUCGCUUUCCUUUGGGGUUUGAAACUUUCACGAACCGGCCUUAGUCUCUUGGCUUGAAACAUGUGCAAUGGGAUGAUUUUGCGGAAGAGCCACGGGCAACACCGAGUAACACUGAUUUUGGUGCUCAUCGUCUGCAUCUCCAAAGGAUUUGCGUCAAAUGACAACUGCCGGCACCCAUUUCAACCGGAAAAUGGGGGUUUUGCUUGCCACCCUUCACCCUGCAACAACUUUGAGGCCAAAACAGUCAUCGAGUACUUCUGCCACGAGGGCUACACUCUGAAGGGAGACUACAAGUACCUGACCUGUGAGGGUGGAGACUGGGAGCCUGCCAUGGAGGUCAGCUGCAGACUAAGUCAAGAUAAAAAGACAGAGCCAAGUAUUGGAGUGCCGACCCUCUCGAUCGUGGCGUCUACUGCUAGUUCUGUUGCCCUGAUCCUCCUCCUGGUCGUUCUAUUUGUUUUGCUGCAACCAAAGCUGAAAUCAUUUCACCACAGCAGACGAGAUCAGGGAGUGACUGGGAACCAGGUGUCCGUUGUGGUGGAUGGAGUCCCCGUCUCGCUGCCCUCCUACGAAGAAGCUGUCUACGGCAGCUCAGGCGCGGCCAUUGCACCUUCUGGCUCCCGCGUCCAGAUUGUCCUGGCGGAGGGCCCAGCGGCAAGUGACCCGGAGCUGGGGGAGGCAGCCUCCCGCACCAACCCGUGUGCGGAGAGCUCCGGGGAGAGCGAAGCCCAGGCUAGCACCAGCCGCUCAGAGACUGUGUUGAUCCACCAUCCCGUCCCCUCCCAUUCUAUCGCACCCCGCAGGUCUCCCCUGAGGCUAUCGCAGUCUUCAGACACUUCAGAAGGCAGCGAUGUUCAGAGUCUUCUGUCUCUCGCCUCACCCACAGGAUCUGCUGAUGAUAUUCCACUGCUCAAGGAUGCUUAACACAAUCCAUGUGAGGUAAAGUGCUCAGCUUCAUCCUCUUCAGUACUUGAUCCUCCACCUCCAAUUGACUCACUGUACUUCAAGACCCCUCGCAGGAGUGUCACUCACCGCCUGCUGAUGUCUUGUAUGAAAAGAAUGUGACAGUGGCAAGUUCUGUGCUAGGCAUAUUCUGCAUUGGAAUUAAUCAGUGUGAAUGUGAGGCUGCCUUCAUUCACACUGGUUAAUUUUGAGAGGAGUGACUGUAUAGCAAAGGACAGAUGGGUCUAAUAUUUGCAAUACAGAGUUUGGAUUUGAGGUUCCAUGGUGGGCAAUUAAUUGAUCUGUGCAUUUUAACUACACUUUCUGGUUUGGUCCUUGGCACCAUGCUUGUGUUCACUUUAUUCGGCUGCAGUCCAGUCCACUUGUGUUAGGCUAGCCAAGCUCCAGCUGCUUCUUGAAUGCUUAAUCAGAAACAGAAGCAGUAUUAGGCCAUUCAGCCCCUCGGAAUACUGUUAUCCAAUGGGAUCAAUGGGUGAUGCUGUAUCCUAUCCACUUUGCUGCACGAUUUCCUCCUUUACCCCGGACUUCCUUAACGUCCAAAAAUUGCGUAUCCUUAGCCCACUGGGCUAGAGAAUUCCAAAGAUUUACAACCCUUGAAGUAAUUUUUUGAUGUCUUGAUCCUGAACCUUUCCUAAGACACCUCUUAGUCUGGGCUCUCCAGCUUGUUUCAAUGCACUCAUUUCUCAUUUAGUAUUCAUCAGUCUCAUAGGACACCACUUCAUCCCAGGAAUUAAUCAACUGUUCUUCUUUGAGUAGGUCUCCAUAACCACAGACAAUACUGGUAAAAGGCCAGCAUACUUGCAUAGGCUUUGCACUCGUACUUUCAUUGCCUUGCAAUAAAGGCAACAUACUAUUAAUUUAACUUUUAACUUUCUCAAUUUUAUGAACCAGAAUCCUCUAUAUGUUUGCUAAUUUCUCACCAUCUAAAAAUGUCUAUUUUGCCUACCAAAGUGAAUAGUUUCCCACUUUACUCCGACUACUGGGCUCUCCCAAUUGAGAACCCCAGUGAAAUGAAUUAAACACACCUCAUUUGUGAGGGUGAACAUGUAGAUGGGAUGAUUAAUGGGAGAUCUCUGGAGAAAGUUAUAGGUUCAGCCUAGAUCUAUGCUCCAAUCUCUAGAGGGACUUGAAUCCACAACUAUUUGACUGAUGUGAAAGGCUGCCCACUGAGCCAUGGCUCAGCACCAGAAGUGCUCAGUGUCUCACUUGCUUUUUCGCUCUACAUAUCUCUCAGCUGAUCCCACAAAACUAGUGAGAAUGUUUUGACUGAGGCAUCAAUAUCUGAAAUCCCUGCCCUCCCCCACUCAAUGCCCGUAAUCCUCUACGGCUGACUUACCAAAUACCCGUGGAUAUUCUUCACCUUUGGUGUAAAUAAAAGGGAAAGUGGGAACCUAUAUAUUUAAUCUCUUUGCCUUGCUGAUUUGAAUGGUGUAUGUGUGUCUGUGUGUUUCACUUGCAUUAGCCUUCACUUUAGGUAAAGGGCUAGGGAAUUUGGGAUUCCAGGUCACGUAGCAACAUUUGAUGCAAGGUGUGAACAUAUGCCUUUAUUUUAAAAUAUUGUCUCAACAAAGCAUCUAUUUGCUCAUUUGGUGAAAUAAUUCUUGGGCACUUCACACAAUAUUUAAAAAACCCUUUGAACACAUGAUAGAGCAUAUUAAAGCAUGAUAGAGAGAGUUGAGGGGAAAUGUCAGAUUAGAUGUGGGAGGUUAAAGAAAUGGUCUAUAUUUAAAUAGGUACUUGGUAUGAAGCUGCCACACCCCUCAAUGACUUUCUGUACAUCUAAGGGCACUGCUUCUGUUCUUUGCUUUAUAGCUGAAUGUGUUGGGAAGAGAAUAACAUUCCAUACAAUGACUUUUCAUGCUAUCAAGUACAAUAACUUCUACCCAAACUCCAGACCAGCUGGAACAAUUGCAGAAAAUCAUUUACUACUACAGGACCAUGUCAAUACUUAUCCUGCACACAAGCUAUUCUGCCUACUGCUAAUAUUCACAUAAUCCCACGAGCAUUUUGUUCAUGUUUAUCACCCUCAUCAACUAUGCCUUAUGGUAAUAAAUAUUACAUUUUCACUAUGCCCUGAAGACAUCUUCAUCCACAUUUAGUGAUAUCAAACCUGCUGUAGAAUUUAUCCAGAAAACUAGUGUUUCCAUGAUCCAGUGCUGAUGUUUGAGAGGAUUUGUUUGCGUGCGUGCCUGUGCCAAGAUUUAGUGUGAACGCGCAUCCAAAUCUUGGAUUAACCAUCUAUUUUGUAACACCCCCUGUACCUUGGGCUUUUGUCUAGAGGAGGGCAUUGAACAGAAUAUACCAGUUCCUUUGUAAAAUGAAAAUCUCUCCCUUUCUCAUGAGAAAGAGGAUGUGUACAGUAGUGGUGAUGCUGAUACAGAGACAAGGGCACUGUUGCUUGUAACUUGCCUGUUAGUGUAAUGGAGCGGUGCUUGGUUGAUGUGUUGGUCACUCAACCUGUCCCUCUUUGGCUUUUGCUUUAAGGUUUCUCUGGAAUCCUGUAUAUUGCAAUGGGUGUCAAGAUAGUAUUUUAAUAUUUGUAUAAAGUUAAUUUAAGUUUAAUUGUACUAUGUAUAUAACUGCAUUUCUAAAUAAAUUUACUCUAAGUGAGGUGAUGAUCAGGA